AUGAUAAAAACGAAACGUGGAAAGGAUAUGUUAUUAUACGAUGGUUUUACGUACACGCAAAAUAGAAUGUGUAAGGAUGGAAUGAGAUGGCAAUGUUCUUAUCCAAAAUGUCGGGCAUAUUGUAGAAUGUCAAGCGCAGGAUGGUUGACACCGUAUAAAACCCAUCACGACCAUGAAAAACCAUCGGAAAAACAAAUAAAAAAAAAAAUUUUAAGCAUGGAGUUAAAAGCACGUGCUCAAUCCUCGGGUGCAACCCCCGGAGAAAUAUUACGUAAUGCUUUGCCUGCGGAAGAAUAUGAAAGCACAGAUCAAAGAGCUUCUUACACGAGAUGCAUACAAAGAUAUAGGAAAGCAUUGAAAAGGAAAAAUACGUGA